CCGCUCCCCUCUCUGAUUUUCAGUGUACAAUAAAAGGACUAAGGAGACUCAUUUCACCUUACAAUUUCAUAUCAAUUAUAAAUCGCGUUCACUAAACCAAACAUCAAUUACAAAUAUCACAACAGCUUAUGAAGAAAAGCCCAUCAACAAGGAGUACGUACUUGGGAUAGUUAAUUUGUACUCUGAUCUGAUGAUUGACAAAACUAUCCAAUCGUUUGGAACCUGGUGCAAAACGAAAAAAUUGUUAAUGUUGAAUGUUCCUAUCAAAAGAGAAAGGAGGAACGUUAACGGUAAAAUUUCAAAUAUCAGACUAAGAAAAGUCUUUGUUUUAAAGAGGAGAUAUUUAGACAAUUUGGUCAAGGGAAUUGUUAGUUAUAUUGCAGACUAUCAGAGCCAUAUAAAGAAUCUGAAAAAGGAGAUGUUUUCGAUCGUUGGUUACGUCAGAAAAUCACCAGGCAGCGAGAACGAGAGCACAAGAAUCAAACUUCUGCAAAGGAUGGUAGAUUGCUUGAUCAACAGAUCACUUGUUGAAAAGGUGUUUGUUUCUUGUCGUUGCUCUGCCUCUGAGCAAUUGUUUCGCGUGAUACAAAUGAUGCAAAAGUCUUUACUGAACUAAGCAACACAUCCGGAAACACACAAGAUUUGAUAAGCUACCUAAUUGACACAGAUAAAGACGUCUGUUUGAUUGCCAUCGAUUACGCCUGGUUGAGUACCAACGUUGAUGUAUUAUAGCAAAAUAAGUAAACUAUAUAUCCUAAAUGACAACCUGUUCUUAUACGAGGUAGCUGAUCUCGUAUAAGAAUCAUCACUUAUUCUAUAUCGAUUCCUAUUUUUUAUAUUAUUUCAGCAGUAAUGAGGUGUGAGGAUCUUGUAUAAUUUGUAUACGAGUUCUCCACAUCUCAUAUGAUGCUGUCAAUUAAACACAACACUUAAUU